AUGACUGUCUUUCGUCAUCAUUCCCUAGACACAGAUUCUGUUCGAUCCUUUCUGCUGGAUGUUAAUCCACAUCACUCAAUUGUGUCGCCCGAAGACGUUGCGAACAAGAUCGAUGGCCGCUGGAUUGAUCGAACAAACGGUAAGUUCAUCGAUAUAACUGCACUGCACCAAGACGAGAGAGUUACCGUCAAAAAGGAUGUGACUUCACUUUUCUGCAAAGACGGUCAUCGGUACAAUAACCAAGACAUUUAUCCUCUCACGCUGUCGCAGAUCGAGGGAAUUGAGGUUAAAGUCCCCGCGAGGAGUAACAGAAUCCUGCUCGAAGAGUACGGUCCCGAAGCACUCACUAACACCCGAUUUCACUGGUACGAAUUGGCUGGAUUCAUCUAUGGCGUCGUGAGCAUUGACAGUGAGCAGGUAUGA